UUGAACAGAUAUUAUUCAGUUUUCAAUAAGACCAUCAUUCGGUAUUUCAUGUGUAUAACGGAACUAACACGCCAAGUAUACUCAUGAUUGUGCUUCAGUCUAGAAAAUCAAAGGAGUAUAUAAAAAAUGAGAGAAUCAGAGCGUGAAUAAUUCCUACUAUUUGGAGAAGGUAAUCUUUUAAAUGAGAUGGCUUUCUUUGUUACAACAAAGCUUGUGCUUUUGCUAGCUUUUCUCUUCCUCGAACACGUAGUGCAGUCCAAGGAGUACAAGAUAAUAGUGGUCAUACUCGUCUUCCUAAGUGCUUUCCUCUUCGCAUUCUUCGUUGUAUGGACAAUGCGGAAUCGACCUCGAAACUCUUUUCAUCUUGGUUAUAUUACUCCGGGUAACAAGGCAACAGAGCGUUCUCAAAAAGGACAGAAGUCCGCCAGCAUCAAGGAACAGCAACAUACAACCCAUACCAACCCGAUAGAGGGCGACCUUGCAAAUUACGUUGAGCUUGACGACGGACUUCCGUUACCAUCCAUAGGAUAUACACCCUCACGUUCAGUGUGUCUACCAUACAUACCAGAGGAAUCCGCUCCGAUUGGUACAGAUGCUUAUGACCAAGGCCAGACCAAUCCCCAGGUUAUGGCGCCAAUUACGUGUCAGACUAUGGCAGAGAUAGAGCCUAGCGGGAAUAGUGGCGAUAUUAAAAUCUGUCUCACGCUCAAGUCUUCAGAUGUCAAGGUCCAGGCAAGCCAGAGAGAGGCGAACGUUACCCGAGCUCACUCCGACCGUCUACCGGUGCGUAACGAGUACAUGACAACGCCAGGCGAUGCUACCCGAAGUGGCGCCGGACCUGCGCGAGAGAGGUCCAUGGAACGAAGCCUUACGGUGCCUCGACUGCACGUGACCACAUCAUCGGACCAAUCAGCGACGGUGAAUUGCAUGACGAUGGGGAAGAACGCGAAUUCGAGCCGUGACCUUGAGCACGAGUACAUGCCUAUGAGAAGUGUAGUAUACACUGACAUGGACAGUGUUGGGUAUGAAUACUAAAAAUUAAAGGCGUUCCAAGCAUGCCCAGUGUUUGCAGGAUAUUGUACGAUUAACUAAAAAUAUAAGGAAUAGUUGAUUGAUAAUGUAUGAAAUAAGAUUCAUUGGUGAAGGCUCUUAUGCUGACAUGCAAAAUGUACAGGACCUACUAACUUACUCGUGAAUUUCAGGCACGUAGUCAGAGUUUGAUGUU